GGCUGAAAUCCUUCCAUUGAUAUUCAGCCCAGUGUCCUAUAUGUGAGAAGAGCAGAAACACACACACACACACACACACACACACACACACACAGCGCAGUGUGCAACCCUGAGCAUGAUGUGAGACUGAGACAAAGACAAGAGCAGGAUAGCCACCUUGAUUUUGGACUAACAACAAAGGAAGCAAUAAAACUGGAUUCAGAAUGGGAACUGUCCCUAACCCCAAAAGGACUGUCACUGUUCAAAUGGUACCUCGACUCUCUGGUACGGAUACUUUGGGCAACAAGGACGCAAACACAAUUUGCCUCCAAGACUCAGGUUUAAACCUGACAAAGGAUUGUGCUUCUACCCAAAAAACAAAACCAGAUCAGGAUAAUAUGCAACACAAGUCUGCAAGUAAAGGGAAACUAUUGGAAGGGGCAUCCAACUCUCCUUCUUCUAAUAGUGAGGAUCACAGAAAACCUGAUGCACAGGAACCUCAUGCAAACACCAAGAUGGAAAACAGCAAUGUAAAUUCAAAGUUGUUACCAACAAUUUCUGCCAAAAGCAAGGAUAUUUCUUCAAGUAGCCCAUCAUGUGUAGAAACACUGCCUAAAGAUGAUAAGGGGAGAAAUGGCAGUCUUGCUAAACAAGGAAUUGAGGAAGAGCAGAGUGCGGAGAAACUACAGAAUAGGCCAUCGUCAUCUGAGGAACCCACAGCACAAAGUCAAAAGCUAUGUCACACAUGUGAUCCUAAGCUCACAGACUUACCUGCCAGCAACAGGAACUCAAACAAGGACAAUUCCCAUUUAUAUGAACUUAAAGAAUCGAGCUGCACCAUUAGUUCAGAUCUAGCUCUGAUCACCAGCAUGGAUGAGACUAAUCAACCACAUCCUGAUUCAGUUAGGAAAUUGCAAGGAGGGACUUGCCCACAAGGCCUUACAACAGAGGUUUUCAAAUCAGUUCCUAAACCAGCAGAGGCCUCUCAGCCAGCAAACAGCAUCGAGAAAGCUGAGGCAGAUCUUGCUAUAUUACAAGCAAACAAAAAACAGUCCACACCUCUUAAAGAAAAAGAGUCCUGCCCCAAAUCUGAAUAUGAUGCAAAUGAUGCCAAAUCCCAUACUGUCACAAUAAACAGCACUUCCCCACACUCCGGGGACAUCUCCUCAUGUCACUCCUUUCAUGCUGAAGUGACAGAUGAGGCAAUUCAAACACAAGGACCUGUUUCAGAGGAAAAUAAGAUGAAACACUGUAAGCUGUACCGUGAGGCCUCCACCAUGACAUCAGCAGCAGACUGUGGCACCUCACCCUGCAAACGGCACCAAGAUGUAGAGGUGCAGGCUGUGGCUUUAGUCUGCACUCGAGCUGUUGAAACAAGUCCCAGCCUUUUUCCAUACCAUCCCAAACGGGUGUCUAUAUGUCUUCAAAUGGAAGAAAUGGAGAGCCUUGCAAUGGUAUAUCAUAAGGACAGUACAGAGGCACCGAUUAUAAUGGAAACGUCUGGCAGUUCAUGUGGCCCAUCUAUCACAACCUUGUCAGAGGUACUUCCCCAAUCUGGAGGUAUUUUGGUGCACACAGAUGGUGUUUUACAACACGAGACCAGGCUUGGAGCCAAGCCCAAGGAGCCUGGGCCACCAAUUUACAAUGCCCCAAAAGGAUGUUCACCUCUUCAACCAGUUUAUCAGAUCAAUAUCGAGACAUGCAAUCAAAAUAAGCUAUCGAAUGAAGCUAGUUGUCAAAGUCAGAGCUACAAAGUCUCCCCUGUCCCUUCUGUUUCAAAUUCUGUGAAACAGGACUCCAAGGGGAAGGGCUUUGGUGAGAUAUCGACCACAACAACUGAUCAGGCCUGUCAAGCUCUGUCUGUAACAAGUCCUCAGUCAGAACAACCUGCCAGGCCUCCUGUUGCUAAAGCCCCUAUUUCACAGUCAAAGCCCUCUCCACAUGUGGUCGGUCUUUGCUCAGUGGCUAAUGAUUCCAAAACAGAGGCUUCUGCCCCACCGUCAAGCUCCACUUCAGAUUACAAAUUAAAGAUGGAGCAGCUGGUUAACAAAUCCAUAGCCAAGUCUGCAAAGAAAGGUUCCAAGUUGGGGCCAGAGAGGGAUAAGAAGGAGGAUGAGAAGGCAGCCAAGCCGACCAAGAAGAGUGUUCAUGACGUGGUGUGGGAUGAGCAGGGCAUGACGUGGGAGGUGUACGGUGCCUCGCUGGAUCCAGAGUCGCUUGGUUUCGCUAUCCAGAGUCACCUCCAGUGCAAAAUCAAAGAGCACGAGAAGAAGAUCAUGUCUCAGACGACACUCAGGAAAUCCGUUUCAGGUCCAGCGUCUGACUCGCCAUCGGGCAGAAAGAGCAAGCGAAGGCAGGCUAACGCCUUCAGGUCCAUGUUCCAAAAUGUCCGACGGCCCAACUGUUGUGUACGUCCACCCCCCUCGGCAGUGCUGGAGUGAGAACUGCUGAGUAAUCAUGGUCCGAUGAUUGCCUGGUACAGAAUCUUCCUCGAGGUUGUUCUAGUGCAAAGCAUGACAGGACUAUUCCCCGGUUCAUCAUGCAGAACGUGCGGCAUUUAAAAAAAAAAUGGUGAGUGUGUAAGUGAAGGCAGUAAACAGUAUUAUUAAAGGAAGUAUUUUUUAGAAAUUAAAAAAAUAUGCAGAGAGUAAAGUUCUAACAGUAUUUAGAGUGAAAUGGCAAUAAUGAUAACUUAUAAAAUAAUGAGGAUAAUGGAACAUAUUCAGUUAUAUGCAUGUAUAUUGGUUCAGUUGGCUGUCUAUUAACUUCCCAUUGUGGGAUUUGCAGUUAUACAUUGCACUGAAUAUCAGAUGUAAGCUUACUACUGUUACUUUUUACAAAACCUUGUGCAGUGGAAUUUAAAAUCUUAUUGUAUUCUGAGUUUGGUAAAUAAUUGUUUUGCAUUUUUGAGGGUGUUUGCCCCUAUUAUUUAUGAUAUUCAUAUUCAUGAGUUUGUUCAAACCAUAAGCUUUGCAAAUCGAAAUAGGUUGUUAAUUAGAAAUGAUAACGUGCAAGAACAACAGCAACAAAAAAAUCCUAAAUCCGGUGUGCUUGUUGUCAUAUGUAUAGUAAAGUGCCAGUGUACCCUGAUUUUAUAUUAAAAUCAUCAAGAGAAUACCAUUCA